AUGCAAAAUUAAGGUACAAUGACAGAUUUAAAUGAGGAUGAUAUUAGAAGACUCGAUUAACACGUUAUGAGAAAUCCAAACAUCAUAUUGUCCUGUAUAAGGGUGCUGAAGAUGGAAGAACUAAGACGCACUAAUGAGGACAAUUCACGUUUGAUGAAUUUCAUGCGAUCUCAUUUAUAUUUCAAAGGAAACUCAUCUUUAGAUUAUUUAUGGGAAUGUUGCUAAGUAUAAAUUGGCUGAGUAUGUUAGUUGAUGAAAUUCGAGCAAUUAAAAAAAAAUCAAAUAGUUUACUUGAGAGGCAGAGAGAAUCAGGAUCAAUUAGUAAUUUUAUUAACAGGAGAAAUGAGUGUCCAAUCAAAUGAAUAAGAAUUGUUGUGUACAAAGCAUUUUGGAUCUGCUUUAAUAGUAUUUGGGAAUGAUUGUUAUGCAGAUAUGUAUUCCAUAUUUAGGAAGCAAGCCCAAACCUGAUGGUUAAGACCAAAUCUGUAUGUAAAGCAGCCGUCAUUUCCAAGUUAGACUUUAAAAUCA